ACUCCCUCUGUCCCAUACUAUAAGAGCGUUUGACACUACUUUUGACAUUCUUUGUAGUAGUGCCUUGAUGAAUAGGUUGGAAGUUUUUUCCUUCAUCAAAAGAAAAAGAGAGUAAUAAAGCUACGGGGGUGAUCUUGGCCGUCGAGCGACGAGGAGUUGAGGAGCGAGCUUGCCGUUGAUUAACUGAUGAAUGAACCGUCACUGUCUUACUGAAUUGAACACUUGCAUCCUCCUCCACCUCCACCGCGCCGAUGUCCCGCCUCCGCCACUCCACCUCCACCGCGCCGAUGCCCCACCUCCGCCUUCUCCGCUGCCGCUCCUCCUCCAUCUCCACCUUGCCGCCGUCACGCUCAUGGUCUCCCGUCACCGCCUUUGCCGCGGCCACAGAGCGCGUCAGCGCUGGGACGCUCAGUCCGGAAGACGCACACCGCCUGUUCGACGAGUUGCUUCGGCAGGCCACUCCGGUCCCCGCGCGCUCCCUGAACGGCUUCCUCACGGCCCUCUCCCGUGCGCCGGGCACCGGCGCCUGCGGAGACGGCCCCGCCCUCGCCCUCGCCCUCUUCAACCGCACCCGCCGAGAAGAGGCCGGCUCCCGGGUGGUGCCGUCCACAAUCUUCACCUACGGCAUCCUCAUGAACUGCUGCCGCCGCACGCGUCGUCCGGAACUUGGGCUCGCCUUCUUUGGGCGCGUCCUCAGGAUGGGCCUGAGGACAAACGUGGUCGUCGCCACCACGGUCCUCCAGUGCCUCUGCGGCGCCAAACGGACAGAUGAGGCCGUGGACAUCCUGCUACAUCGGAUGUCCGAGCUCGGGUGCGUGCCUGAUGCCUUCUCAUACUCCAUUGUUCUGAAGAGCUUAUGCGAUGAUGGCAGGAGCCAGCGGGCACUCGACCUGCUCCACAUGUGGGAGAAAGAACGAGGUCUCUGCUCCCCCAACGUAGUGAUGUAUAACACGGUCAUCCACGGCUUCUUUAAGGAAGGUGAAGUAAGCAAGGCAUGCAGUCUAUUCCAUGAAAUGGAGCAGAAAGGGGUUGUGCCUAAUGUGGUGACAUAUAGCUUGACCAUUGACGCGCUGUGCAAGGCCAGAGCUAUGGACAAAGCACAGUUGUUCCUCCGGCAGAUGAUUGAUAAAGGUGUUCGACCGAACAAUGUGACAUAUAAUGUCAUGAUCCAUGGAUAUUGCACUCUGGGACAGUGGAAGGAAGCACGUAAAAUGUUCAGAGAAAUGACAAGACAGGGUCUCAUACCAGAUAUUGUUACUUGGACCUCGUUCAUGGCCUCUCUCUGUAAGCAUGGAAGAACCAAAGAAGCUGCCGAAUUCUUUGAUUCCAUGACUGCCAAGGGCCACAAGCCUGAUUUGGUCAUGUAUCAUGUUCUGCUCCAUGGGUAUGCAACCAAAGGAUGCUUUGCUGAUAUGAUUAAUCUCUUUAAUUCAAUGGCAACCAAGGGUAUUGUACCCGAUCGUCAGGUUUUCAACAUUUUAAUUGAUGGACAUGCUAAACAUGGAAUGAUGGAUGAAGCUAUGCACAUAUUUACUGGAAUGCAGGGACAAGGAGUGUGUCCAGAUGUAUGGACCUAUUCAACUCUAAUAUCUGCACUUUGCAGAAUGGGUAGGCUGGCUGAUGCCAUGGAUAACUUCAGUCAGAUGAUUGGUAAGGGAGUACAACCGAACACAGUUGUUUAUCACUCCCUAAUUCAGGGUUUCUCUACACAUGGUGAUUUGAGGAAAGCAAAGGAGUUGGUUUAUGAAAUGACAAACAAAGGUAUUCCUUGUCCAAACAUUGCAUUCUUCAGUUCUGUAAUGGACAGUAUAUGCAAAGAAGGAAGGGUUAUGGAUGCACAUGAUAUCUUCCACUUGGUUACAGACAUAGGUCUGAAACCUAACAUCAUUACGUUUAAUACGCUGAUUGAUGGACAUUGCUUAGUCGGUGAGAUGGAGAAAGCAUUUGGAGUACUUGAUUCCAUGGUAUCAGCUGGCAUUGAGGCUGAUGUUUUUACAUAUAAUACACUUGCUUAUGGCUAUUGUAGAUGUGGAAGGAUUGAUGAUGGGUUGAUUCUAUUCAGAGAAAUGUUGCAAAACAAACCUAAACCCACAACAAUCACAUAUAACAUCAUACUGGAUGGGUUAUUUCGUGCUGGGAGAACAUUUGCUGCAAAGAAAAUGUUCGUUGAGAUGAUCGAAACGGGAAUAACAGUGAGCAUUUCCACAUACAGUAUAAUACUUGGAGGACUUUGUAGGAAUAAUUGCUCUGACGAAGCGGUCACCCUAUUUCAGAAAUUAGGAGCAAUGAAUGUGAAGUUUGAUAUUAAAAUACUCAAUACCAUGAUCAAUGCCAUGUUCAAGGUUCGGAGAAGAGAAGAAGCUAACGGUUUGUUUGCUGCAAUAUCAGCCAGUGGGAUGGUACCUAAUGCUUCUACCUACAGCGUAAUGAUAGGAAAUCUUCUAAAAGAAGGAUCAGUGGAAGAAGCUGAAAAUAUGUUCUCAUUAAUGGAGAAGAGUGGUUGUGCUCCAGACUCUCGUCUUAUAAAUAAUAUCAUCAGAAUAUUGUUGGAAAACGGUGACAUCGUCAAGGCUGGAAAUUAUAUGUCUAAAGUUGAUGGCAAGAGCAUCUCACUUGAAGCUUCAACUACUUCGUUGUUGAUGUGUCUCUUUUCAAGUAAAGGGAAAUAUCGGGAACAAAUCAGUUUGCUCCCUGUAAAUUACCAAUUUUUCAAUGGAGUCGGUUGAUGCACUGGACUAGCCAGAUAAACAUUGGCAAUUUGGCAUGGUUUGGAGUUCCCUCUCAAUGAUGUUGACAUGAGUUCUCUUCCAUGCGCUCACAAGAUCGAGCUGUGUGUUGGUGCCACCCCAGCGUUUUGGCCUGAUGCAUGCCGCUGCUGGGCGUGCAUCCUAUGGACAUCGCCCCUAAUCUGCAUGCCAUUUCCAUGCUCAAGGCAACCAAUUGUCUUUGUGGCAAUGGAUACAUAAAGAAGUACUCAACUGGUCCUUUCCUGAAAAAUGCAAACUGUUUGAGGUUGGAGCUGGCACUGUAGUGAGAUAAGAAGAAUGAUAAUUAGCUCUUCAAAGAGGACUGAAACUAUUCUUUUGUCAGUCAGGUGUUGGUUGCAUAUUUCUAACUAGAGGUGAGUACCGAGUAGGAUCUAAAACGUUACCAAAAUGUCUCUGGGUUUCAUUGUUUGACGAUAUCCUAUCCAAGCCUUCCCGUUCUUUUGUAUAUGUCCAACACACUUGCAAACAAACAUCAACACACAAUUGUAUUUGAUUCACUAUUCGGUUUUUAUGUAAAAAAAAGUUAGUGCUCCUCCCAUAUUUUUUGCAAGCAGCGUAGAUCCCUGACAUAGUAACAUCUUUGUGCAACGUAUAUAAGCAUCGGACAUACUGGUUUUUACAACCUUUUGGAUUCAGCACAGGCUAUAAUACCCCUUACCACCUUUACGAGACAGGAAUGUGAUUUGCAGUUUCUUGUUAAUAUAUGACAAUUCAGCUCUAAUGCAAUACAAAAUCGGGAAGUUACAUCUCAGGGGAACCUAAUAACCUUUGUGAAUAGGCAGCGCCCUUUUUCUACAUUGAUUUUUUUUCUUCAGAUGGGGCUAUAAUGCACUGAGAGCGAGUUGUCCUUCCUUGAACUUGAGCUUCUCUUCUUCCUGCUGGUGGAUAUUAGUCUCGAUGGCUUUGCCCAUUUCUGCUGGCGAUGGCCUCGACUACACCUUGUUGGCCCUUUGCAGCACUAGGUUUCUCUUCACAGCCAGCAGGCACCUUUGCAAGGAAUCCCACUGGGACAACGACAUCAUUCAUGUAUGGCGGAAUAGAGGCUUCCUCCUGUAUUCAUGUCUAAGAAGAGGGCCUACUAACUCAUGGGGGAAUAUAUUGGGCCCACAUGUGGCCAUCAGUGGAGUUGAGAUGUACUAUGUCUUCUCUUCUCCCAAACCAGGCCGAGCUUUGUGAGCCCAAAGCCUGGGAGUUUAUGGUUGUAUUUCUCAUCAAGGAUGUUGGGGGACUUGAAACCUCGGCAGAUGACCGGCUAGUUCAUUUUCUCAUUGCAGUGUUCGAUCCCCCUAGCAGUUAUGUGGGCUAUCUUCAUCCUGAUAUGCAACUGAGUGGUAUUUAAUCAGAAUUGUUAUCUACAAUGAUGCCAGUUCAACUUAUAAAUUCUUGUCCUCGUAUCGUAAAUGAUACACCAGUAGCCUUUGAUCCUCUGCGCAGUAUCCUGAUAAGCUCACCAAGUUUGAAUGGUACAAGAGGCUGAUCAUCAAGAUCUUGACUGGGAAUUCUGUAACCUUGAUGUCAGUUAAGGUCUAGUUGCUUCACAGCUACAGGCUGUGAAUCAAUCAAAAGUAAUAACUGAAGCAGCGAGGAAUUUUUUUGCAAGCCAGCAAGACUGUAUCUGAAGAAUGUUUAUCAUCAAGGCGUUAUUGUAUAUACCCGGGCAUUUGCACGGUGGCCCUUGUCGACCCUGUCCAGCCACCAUCUCCCAGAACCAGAAGGCAGUCGAAGGCGGAAGUUCUUGGUGGCUGUCGCCAGUUCACGGAAUUUGAAUGCCGUUGCACUUUUGGCCAUGGCGGAAGUUUCUGGGGGUUCACUGUCUGCUGUUAUUUCUGAUGAUUGUUCAUGUUUUGGAGACACAGACGAUGGCUCACUCCAACACUUAGUGAGCAGUGUCAGGAGCAGACUCCACGGUUCUACCGGAUCCCUCGUGGAGGGGCGCUCCAAAAUGCAUCGAGACGGCCAACCAUUCAUAGGCUUGAAGCAUUCGUAUUGGAUGCCAUCUUCUUCUUGGGCUUGAAGCUUGAAAAGCACACUUUGCAUUUCAGUGCUGUAUAAAUCCUUCAACCCCUCUACUGUGAAGAUCAUGUGUUAGCGGGGACGACCGUAUCAGAGCUUCCGUUUGUAGUAGAUGUUUUGAACUUCGACCAGUCGGUCUCUUCCAUCUACAAAAUGACAAUGCGCGCGCGUGUGUGUGUGACGUUUUUUUUUUUUUUUUUUGAGCUGCGACGUUGUUGAGCUUUUUUGUUUUUGUUUUAAAGUUACAUUGUCGCGCUUUCUGAAGAGUGGGAAGUAAGCCAUGGCACACGUCAAAAAGAAAGAAAGCAAGCCGUGGCAGAGUGCAGGCGGAGAGGCAGUAGCCAGGCUCGUCGUCCGGAACACGAUUCCACCGCGGUGGUGCGGUGCGGUGCGGUGCCAUCGCGUGAUUCCGCGGCACGCACCGGGGCCGCCGGGAGGGAAAGGCGCGUCCAGCCAGCGCGGCCGCUCCCCUCCCUCCCGUCGCACGUGCCCUGACGUGAGCCGCCGAAUCACGGCCAGC